UGCGACGAUGAUCGGAGCCCUUCUGGGCCUCGGCACUCAGAUGUAUUCUAAUGCUCUCCGUAAACUCCCUUACAUGCGCCAUCCGUGGGAGCACGUCGUUGGAAUGGGAUUGGGAGCCGUCUUCGUCAAUCAGCUCGUCAAAUGGGACGCUAAGCUCCAGCAGGACCUUGACAAGAUGCUCGACAAAGCCAAAGCAGCCAACGAGCGCCGCUACUUUGAUGACGACGACGAUUGAUUGGAAAACUCUCCCUUUGGAUUGUGGCAUUUUUAUAUUAAGUCAUCUAUAGUUUUUGUUUUUGUUUUUAUUUAUUUAUUUAUUUUUAAUAGAAGUCACCCAUGUUUUCAGAGAGUGAGGUUAUAUUGGGCCUCUUUGUCAAAUAUUGACACCUUGUUUUGAAAUAUUUGGACAUUCCAAGUUUUUGUUGGCAGUUCCUUGUCUCUGUCUGCUGCGCAACAACUUAAUAGGAAAGGCAAGUUCAGUUCGAGGUGUGUAAUAAUAAGGGAUUGCGAUAUGUGCUGCUAGACGGCAUUUCAUACA